CCCGCUCCUCCGAUGCAUCAUCGCCGAAGCCUAACCCGCAGUUCUCGGUGAUGAGCCGAGCGGAGCGAUGACGGCUUCUGUUUAGGAAGAACUUUGCGCGCGCGAGACGAUGUCCGUGGCGGAGCUGAAGGAGCGCCACAAGGUCGCGACCGAGACCGUCAAUUCUCUGCGGGAGCGCCUGAAGCAGAAGCGAGUCCAGCUGCUCGACACCGAUGUGGCCGGGUACGCGAGGGCUCAGGGGAGGACUCUGGUUACUUUUGGGCCGACGGAUCUGGUGUGCUGCCGGACCUUGCAGGGCCACACUGGCAAGGUCUACUCGCUAGAUUGGACUCCUGAAAAGAAUCGCAUUGUCAGUGUGUCUCAAGAUGGGAGAUUUAUAGUCUGGAAUGCUCUGACCAGUCAGAAAACUCAUGCCAUAAAGCUUCCUUGUGCAUGGGUAAUGACAUGUGCUUUUGCACCGAAUGGUCAGUCUGUUGCCUGUGGCGGUCUUGAUAGUGUUUGCUCUAUCUUCAACCUCAAUUCCCCCGUUGACAGGGAUGGUAAUCUACCAGUAUCAAGAAUGCUAAGUGGGCAUAAGGGUUAUGUGUCGUCAUGUCAGUAUGUGCCAGAUGAAGACGCUCACCUGAUUACAGGAUCUGGUGACCAGACAUGUGUCUUGUGGGAUAUUACUACAGGUCUCAGAACUUCUGUCUUUGGAGGAGAAUUUCAAUCAGGGCAUACUGCUGAUGUUUUAAGUGUGUCAAUAAAUGGAUCGAACUCAAGAAUGUUCAUUUCUGGUUCGUGUGACUCAACUGCCCGGCUAUGGGAUACUCGCGUUGCAAGUCGAGCCGUUCAUACAUAUAAUGGACAUGAAGGCGAUGUAAAUGCCGUAAAGUUCUUUCCAGAUGGAAAUAGAUUUGGAACAGGGUCUGAUGAUGGUACUUGCAGGCUCUUUGACAUCAGAACAGGGCACGAACUCCAAGUAUACUAUCAGCAGAGUGGCAUCAAUGAGAUCCCUCACGUCACUUCCAUUGCAUUUUCCAUUUCGGGGAGGCUGCUAAUUGCUGGAUACUCAAAUGGUGAUUGCUAUGUGUGGGAUACAUUAUUGGCUCAGGUAGUGUUGAACUUAGGACAAUUGCAAAAUUCACAUGAAGGUCGGAUCACCUGUUUGGGUGUGUCUGCUGAUGGAAGUGCGUUGUGUACUGGCAGUUGGGAUACAAAUCUAAAGAUUUGGGCUUUUGGAGGGAUUCGGAGGGUGACUUGAUUCUCCAGGAGCCGAAGCCUAUGAUUUCCUCAAGGUUUCUCUCAUUCCAUGUCAUCGCGCCCGUUUUAUUACUUGCCCAUAGUUUGUGGAAAAAUAGUUUGAGAAGCCCUAGUCCUGUAAGUGCAUUGUUGUAAUUCUCAUGAUAAAAAUGAAAAUGACCUGGAUGCAAUCAGUCGUCUCAUGAUAACUAGAACAAGGUUCCCGUGGUUGUAAUUUUAUCCUCGUUGUUUCUGUGCUUGCUCUGUUCCCAAAGGUCAUUCUCAUGAA